UCGUUUCGCCGUAAACAUGUCCAAAUUCAUUCUCCAGAACUGUGAACAUAAUCAUUAUUUUAUGCCGGAGUAAUUAUUUUAGUAAUUAUUGGUUACAUAAGGAUAGACAAAGAAGGAAAGACAUGAUCCGGGUCUUUUGACCUCCACAGAAAUGACCGGUCCCUCACUUCUGGACUCUUCCCCCGUGCAUCAAGUCGCUCUAUAAUGAUCAGGGGGCUACUUUCCGUCUGUGUGUUAGGCUGUUUGAUCGCAUCCUCUGUGGCGGAUGAAGACGACUCAGAUUUUGAAGAUGGUGGUUCUAUGGUGAAAUUCGGAGAUUUCUACGAGAAAGGUAAGAGCUCCUCUGGCCUGUGUGACGAUUCGGCGCUGAAGGGAGGGUGGUCCUACUCUCGACUCCGGGGCUCGUGUAACCAGUACCUUCACUGCGCAGACGACAGAGCUUUCAUCCAGACGUGCGCAGCCGGAACGUUCUACGACGGAAAAGAGUGUCGCCAUGCCGACGAGGUCGUGUGCCCCGCGGACCCCUGCCUGAGGAAGCCACCCGGUUUUACGUAUGCGGACGGCCAGAGUUGUUACGGAUUUUACCAGUGCAUUAAGGGCAAAUCCCGCUACCUCACCUGUCACGACGGAUUUUACUUCAAUCCGUACAAACAGGGAUGUUUUCCGGACCCGACUUGUCACCGGAACAACCUGGUCCACCCAUGUGCAUUCGGAACCACUCUGCCUUUUCCGGGCCGUCCCAAUCUGUUCUACCUGUACGAUGGACGUAAAUCAAUGACCCCUAUGAAGUGUCCAAAGGGAACGUGGUACAGACCCGACAUCUGUACUUGUGACUGGAUCAUCCCGGGGAAAGUAGAGAAAGAGGGUUGCAAGCCGAUGUUCCACUUCAAGUACAACGGGAAUUUCCUGGAGAGAUAUAACCGCGUGCAACAGAUGCCGACUACAGGGGUCACUCUAUUCCGGAGGUCCGUUCUCUUCGAUCAUGGCGGCAAAAUCAUCAUCUGGGCUAUGAACAACAUGGAUUUUGAUGGAGACUUCUCGCUCUGUUUUGAAUUCAUGGUCAAAACAUUUAAUGGAGAAAUUGCUCUCUUGUCAAACGACUUCGAGGACGCUCAUUUUACGUACAAAUUAUCUUUUAUCCCGGCCCUUGGAGUGGUGAAAGGGUACUUUGUACUUAGAGACGGUAGCGUAGCAACCCUGGAUGUUAUGGGCGUUAAUCCGAACCAGCCUCAUUUUGUCAGAAUCGCCAAGUCAGGCCGGAAGUUGCACAUGAGAAUUGACAAUUCCCCGCCCGCCGUUGUUAAACUCCAUACUGGUAUAGCAACAGGAAAGAGUCCCAUGGUGAUUGGCGCCGCAAAUGGUUGCUCCAACUUCGUCGGUUAUUUUGAUGAGCUUUGUCUUGACUUCAGGUUAAAUGAUCUAAAUGUUGUCCUCUGUCUGCUUCAGCUUUGUCUUGGCUUCAGGUUAAAUGAUUUUAAUGUUGUCCUCUGUCUGCUUCAGCUUUGUCUUGGCUUCAG